UUCAUCAGAUUAAUAAAAUAUCUCACUCUCUCUCCUCUUUUUUCUUCUCCAAUUUCAUAACUUUUUCCCCCUUUUCAUUUUUUCACAAUUAUAAAACCCUAACUAUUAUCAGCUAACUCUGUUUUUACCUUUAUUCUCUUUUGUUGCUGACUUUUCUCUUUCUCUCUCCUCUAAAAUUUUCCCCCAUUAUUAUUUUCUUUUCAGUCAAAUGAUUUGAUCCAGCUUUCAUAACUUAACGCUGUCUUCUUCAUCCUAUCUGUUCAGAUCAUCAUUUUUCCCCCUUUUUUAAACGAUAAUUAAUUUUGGGUAUGCGAUUUUUUUGAAGAUUAUAUCUUUUUUUUUUUUUUUUUGAAUAAUUGAGAUGGGUGGUAAAUUUGAGGUAUCAGAUGAAAUAUUGGGUACUUUUGCACCGAUAGUUGUGUAUUGGGUAUAUUCUGGGAUUUAUAUGUUGUUGGGUAGUUUUGAUAAUUAUCGUUUGCAUUCGAGAAAAGAUGAAGAUGAGAAGAAUUUGGUCUCCAAAUUUACUGUUGUUAAGGGUGUUCUUCUUCAACAAAUUGUUCAAGCAGUUGUUGCUAUCAUUCUUUUUGCGCUGACAGGAAGUUCAAAUGAAGCUGCAAGUGAGCAGAAAGAACAUGUGGUUGUUCUGUUUUAUCUCGGAUGUCAAUUUGGAACUGCCAUGUUCGUCUUGGAUACGUGGCAAUAUUUCAUGCACCGAUACAUGCAUAAUAAUAAAUUCUUGUACCGCCAUAUUCAUUCCCAGCAUCACCGGCUUGUUGUCCCAUAUGCUUAUGGGGCUCUUUACAACCAUCCUUUAGAGGGACUUAUCCUCGACACAGUUGGUGGAGCCUUGUCAUUUCUCAUCUCUGGGAUGUCACCACGGACCUCCAUUUUCUUCUUUUCCUUUGCAACUAUCAAAACAGUGGAUGAUCACUGCGGCCUUUGGCUACCCGGUAACCCCUUCCACAGAUUCUUCCGAAAUAAUACUGCAUAUCAUGAUGUGCACCACCAGCUUUAUGGCAGCAAAUACAACUUCUCGCAGCCAUUUUUUGUUAUGUGGGACAAAUUCUUUGGGACUUACAUGCCUUAUUCAUUAGAGCAUAGAGAAGGUGGUGGAUUUGAGGCAAGACCUACGAAGGAGUGCAAGGAUGACUGAUAAUAGACCGCUGUAUGUGAUACAUGUACCACUAUUCGCUAGUUCUCUAAUUUAUUUUGCACUACCUUCGGAAUGGGUUCCUUUCCCCCUUUUUUUUCUUUUCUUAUCUUCUAAAUUUAUUUUCUAUGUACAUGCUGGUUUGUGUAAUCCCAUAUUAAUUUGUGUCUAUAUGAAGUGUUUUUGACGCAUUGAGCAGAAUUUAACGGUGUAGAGUUGCGAAUUUCAGCAUUACCUUUACCGGGAUGGCCGCUCUGGCUUUGUGUUUUAUGGCAUUUCCUUGGUUUGGACGAAUGUAUUAGUUAGUUAAGUCUUUUUUUUAGCUAUUAAGGUUCAUCCAGUUUCAGAAUUCUAAAUGUUCAUUUUGUGACUGGAUACUGUGGAAGAUAUUAGUUUCAAGGAAGGAAUGUAAUCUCUCAACUGUAUAUCAGGUAAUGGUUUGUGUUCCCUUGCU